GGAUUUCUGUGUAUCCCUGUGCCGGAGAAUCCUCUGUCGGAAAAGGGCUUUUUCCCCGGCCUGUGUGACCCAGCAGAGCGGAGCUGGGGGGCCGCAGGGAUGAUUGGAUCAGCCGAAACGUGAAAAACCUUCGGUGGAUUCCUGCUACCAUGAACUGAGGCCGUUAUUUAAAAAUAAUAAAUCAUUGCAAUAAAGAGAAAAGCCAGCGGCAGCAUGGCCCAGAGCAAGAGACACACGUACAGUCGGGCAUCCAGCACCGGCACCAGGAUGAGCGUGGAAGCAAGCGGCAAGCCCCUGAAGGUGGGCUCCAGAGUAGAAGUCAUCGGGAAAGGGCACCGUGGAACCGUGGCUUAUGUUGGUGCCACCCUGUUUGCCACAGGAAAGUGGGUUGGUGUCAUCUUGGAUGAAGCAAAGGGCAAGAACGAUGGGACCGUGCAGGGCAGAAAAUACUUCACCUGUGAAGAGAACCACGGCAUCUUCGUGCGGCAGUCCCAGAUCCAGGUUUUUGAAGAUGGAGCUGAUACAACAUCCCCAGAAACGCCAGAAUCUUCUGCGCUGAAAGUCCCCAAAAGAGAUUCCCUGGAAGCUGCCAAAGCCAGCAAACUGACCACCACCCGGCGGCCCAAGCCCACCCGGACCACCAGUUCUGCAGCGUCCAGCGGCACGGCUGGGCCCUCCGGCUCGGCCUCGGCCUCCGGCGGGGAGAUGAGCAGCAGCGAACCCAGCACGCCUGCUCAGACGCCGCUGGUGGCCCCGGUUAUUCCGACUCCCUCCCUGACCUCUCCGGUGGCGCCUCCAGUUCCGUCACCCACUAAGGAGGAGGAAAACUUGCGUGCUCAAGUCAGGGACCUGGAGGAGAAAUUGGAAACUCUGAAGAUAAAGCGAAAUGAAGACAAAGCAAAACUUAAAGAGCUCGAGAAGUACAAGAUCCAGCUGGAACAGGUGCAGGAAUGGAAAAGCAAGAUGCAGGAACAACAGGCUGACCUUCAGAAACGUUUAAAGGAGGCCAAAAAGGAAGCCAAAGAUGCCUUGGAAGCGAAGGAGCGCUACAUGGAGGAGAUGGCAGAUACUGCUGAUGCAAUCGAAAUGGCAACCCUGGACAAGGAGAUGGCAGAAGAGCGAGCAGAAUCCCUGCAGCAAGAGGUGGACUCCCUGAAAGAGAAGGUGGAAUAUCUCACAAUGGACCUGGAGAUCCUGAAGCAUGAGAUAGAAGAGAAAGGCUCAGAUGGAGCAGCAUCCAGUUACCAAGUCAAACAGCUAGAAGAGCAAAAUGCGAGACUCAAGGAAGCUCUUGUAAGGAUGCGGGACUUGUCUGCAUCAGAGAAGCAGGAACACGUGAAGCUUCAGAAGCAAAUGGAGAAGAAAAACACAGAGCUGGAGUCCCUGCGUCAGCAGAGGGAGAAACUGCAGGAGGAGGUGAAGCAGGCGGAGAAAACUGUUGACGAGCUGAAGGAGCAGGUCGAUGCUGCUCUGGGUGCUGAAGAGAUGGUGGAGACUCUGACGGAGAGAAACUUAGACCUGGAAGAGAAGGUCCGGGAGCUGCGUGAGACUGUUGGAGACCUGGAAGCCAUGAACGAGAUGAAUGACGAGCUGCAGGAAAAUGCCCGGGAGACUGAGCUGGAGUUACGGGAGCAGCUGGAUAUGGCAACAGCACGGGUCCGCGAGGCGGAGAAGCGUGUGGAGGCUGCGCAGGAGACCGUGGCUGACUACCAGCAGACCAUCAAAAAAUACAGAGAGCUGACUGCGCACCUUCAGGAUGUGAACCGUGAACUCAUGAGUCAGCAAGAAGCUUCUGCUGAGAAACAGCAGCAGCCACCUCCAGAAAUGUUUGACUUCAAGAUUAAAUUUGCAGAGACCAAAGCCCAUGCUAAGGCUAUCGAGAUGGAGCUGCGCCAGAUGGAGGUGCAGCAGGCCAACCGGCACGUCUCCCUCCUCACUUCGUUCAUGCCGGAUAGCUUCCUGCGCCACGGAGGGGACCACGACUGCAUCCUCGUGCUGCUGCUCAUCCCCCGGCUCAUCUGCAAGGCUGAGCUCAUCAGCAAACAGGCGCAGGAGAAGUUUGAUCUGAAUGAAAACUGUGCAGAGCGCACUGGCCUCAGGGGCGCUCAGGGAGAGCAGCUGAGCUUUGCCGCCGGCCUGGUGUAUUCUCUAAGUCUCCUGCAGGCUACGCUGCACAAAUACGAACAGGCCCUGAACAAAUGCAGCGUUGAGGUGUACAAGAAGGUGGGGAUGCUGUACCCCGAGAUGAGCGUCCAUGAGCGCUCCCUGGACUUCCUGAUCGAGCUGCUGCACAAGGACCAGCUGGAUGAGACGGUCAACGUGGAGCCACUGACCAAAGCUAUCAAAUACUAUCAGCACCUGUAUAGCAUCCACCUGGCUGACCAGGCUGAAGACUGCACGAUGCAGCUGGCCGACCACAUUAAGUUCACCCAGAGUGCCCUGGACUGCAUGAGUGUGGAGGUGGGCAGACUGCGAUCCUUCCUCCAGGCUGGGCAAGAGGCAUCUGACCUUGCCAUCCUCCUCAAAGACUUGGAGACCUCGUGCAGUGACAUCCGCCAGUUUUGCAAGAAGAUCAGGCGCCGCAUGCCGGGGACAGACGCUCCUGGUAUCCCUGCAGCGCUCGGCUUCGGGCAGCAGGUGUCGGACACGUUGCUGGACUGCCGCAAGCACCUGACGUGGGUGGUGGCCGUGCUGCAGGAGGUGGCCGCUGCGGGGGCCCAGAUGAUCGCCCCUCUGACAGAGAACGAGGGGCUGCUGGCCGUGAAGCUGGAGGAUCUGGCCUUCAAAGCGAGCGAGCAGAUCUAUGGCACCCAGGGCAUCAACCCAUACGAGUGUCUGCGCCAGUCUUGCAGCAUCCUCAUUGCGACCAUGAACAAGAUGGCCACGGCCAUGCAGGAGGGAGAAUACGAUGCCGAUAGGCCACAGACCAAGCCCACCCCACCUGCUGACCUUAGGGCAGCAGCUCUUCGGGCAGAGAUCACUGAUGCCGAGGGGCUGGGGCUUAAGCUGGAGGACAGGGAGACAGUCAUCAAAGAGCUGAAAAAAUCUCUCAAGAUCAAGGGCGAGGAGCUCAGCGAAGCAAACGUGCGUCUCAGUCUCCUGGAGAAGAAGCUUGACAGCGCAUCCAAGGAUGCAGACGACCGAGUGGAAAAGAUACAGACAAAGCUGGAUGAGACCCAGACGCUGCUCAAAAAGAAAGAGAAGGAGUUUGAAGAGACCAUGGAUGCUCUUCAGGCAGAUAUCGACCAGCUGGAGUCAGAGAAGGUGGAGCUGAAGCAGCGCUUGAACAACCAGUCGAAGAGAACCAUCGAGGGUCUCCGUGGGGCCCCCGCCUCUGGAGUUGCCUCCAUUGUGUCUGGCAUUGCAGGAGAGGAACAGCAGAGAGGUGUCGGCGCCAGCCAGGUGAUGGGAGGUGGCUCAGGGCCAGUCCAGGUGAAGGACUCGCCUCUGCUUCUCCAGCAGAUCGAUGCCAUGCGGCUGUCCAUCAAGCACCUCAAAAACGAGAACAACCGGCUCAAGGGAGCCCAGAUGAAGAUGGAGCUCGCAGGACUGACACCUUUGCAUGUCCCCAAGCUCUCCCUCCCCAAGGAUAGACAGGGAGAAGAUGUGGCCUCGGGCACCCUUUACCGCAAGACCAGCCAGCUCCUGGAGACCCUGUACCAGAUGAGUGCCAACGCCAAGGUUGUGGACAUCACACGGAAAAAGUCAGCAGGGAGCCCGGCAGCCCGGCUGCUGGAGCAGACGGCCCGCCUGAAGGCCCUCAGUGACAGCAUCGACAAGCUGAGGGACGAGGUGAUGAAAGAGACGGUUCUGCAGCACCCGGGGGCCAACGUCCCCACGGACUUCGCCACCUUCCCCUCCUCCUCCUUCCUGAAGGCCAAAGAGGAGAAGGAGGAGGACAUGGUUUACUUCGGCAAAGUGACCUUCCCCUGCCCGCCCGGGCGCGGCCAAGUGCACAAGCUGGUCCUCACCCCCGAGCAGCUCCACGAGCUGCACAGCCGCCUCAUCUCCUAAGGCCGGAGCUGCCCCCCGUACAGACUGAGGCUCGUUGCACACCCCCUCCCCGGCCUCUCGCUGAAGCGUCCCCCGUACCAGGCCGCCCUCGGGCAGCAAUACUAACCUGUGUGUACCCCCGCCGCCGCCGCGGCGUCCCCCUUAUGAAACCGCUGCUCUCCUCUCCCUCGCCCCACUGGCCGCCGAGAGGAAACACUGGCCGCUUUUGCCACAUCGCCUCUGCUCCCCAGCCCUGCCGGGGGAAGAGUGUGAGAGCUGCUUUUCCUCCUGGGGUGAGUGACCAGGCUGCUCACCAGGAGCUCAGCCCCCCCAUACUGCUGCCCCCCUCCAAGCAACUGCUGUUCAACACUAGAGCCUGUUGCUGCUCUUCCUCGGGGGCCUCUGCUGCUUGUGCCUGGCCCUGGGGCAGCGCGAGGCCCGGCAGGGGCCUUGCAGGAGGCAUUAAACCUCCUUCCAGCUUGGCCUGGCCCCGUAACAGCCCCAAGCUGGCCCGGCGCGGUCCCUGGGGGCUGCUGGGGCCGGAGGGAGCUGCAGCUGGCCCAGCCCGGGGGCCGCGGGGUCUCGCUCCUAACACUACAGCCCCUUCCCUUGCCCCCUGGCUGGACAGGCGUAUGGGGGCCUGGGCUCCCCGGGGCCGGGGCCCCCUCGCCAUGGGACAUUGGGGGGGGGGGGCUCCCGUCCGGGCCUCUCUGCGCUCGAGCUCUUGAAUAAAGCCGCCCCCGCACCCUG